UCGGUCUCGGAACGAAUUAAACUCGUAAGUCAAGGCCCCGCUGUACUUCCUUCACCACACAGGUAUGCUUCUCAGCAGAAAUCCGCCCAGGAAUGCGUUAUACAGCGUCCCCACCCGCACGGGUGUUUUCGUGUUAAGUAUACACCCGUAUGGGUCUGUUUCCGUAUAACUGAGUCCCAUACAGGUGUACUUAAGUGCAGGUGUGUCUCAUACCGGGUAUUGCCAAUACAUCUCCACACAGAAAUUCCUUAUCCAAGUGUUGUUCAUUCCAGAGGUGAGCCAUGCAGCCGCGUCCUCAAAACCGUGCGCCAGAGCGCCUCAGCCAGGUGUUUGUUACAAUACAGCUGUUCUACACAGCUGUUUUCCACACAGGUGUGCUUCUGAUCAGCUCUACGCCCAAUGGGUGUGAGUCAAUGCCGAUGUCUCCCACAGGUGUGUUUCUUACCUGUCCUUGCCGAUGUCUUUUCUACAGGCUCGCUCCCAUGCAGGUGUGUACCACGCAGGUGUUUUUUCAUGAAGGACUCCCCAUCUGGGUCGGCCCCGAACAGGAGUGCCUCAUACCACCGUGUCUCCAUGCCUCGUGUGUCUCCGCACCUGUGCGGUCUUACAGACGUCACCGCAAUCCACGAGGGAGUUUCCUCUUGCACUUCCGCGCCUCUUACUUUUCCGCAUUACAGGAUUGGGUUCCCGUUACAGGUGCGCACGCGGCGCGGCCCCACCUCCCGCCUGGCUCCGCCCCCUUAUCUCUUUCAGGUGCAUAAGCCGGAAGUGCGCUCCCCUCCCAGGUGAGUGACUAAACUUUCCGGGUCACGUGAGCGGGAGGAGCCGGUGUGGUCCGGCCGAGCGACCGAGGGACGCACGGAGGGAUCGAGCGAGGGAAGCAGACCGGGAACCUGAGUGAGAUCAAAGACGCCCGGGCCAGGUGCCAAGUCGUAAGUACCUCUGGCCCGAGAUGCGGUAGGAGCGGCGCGCAAGAAGCCCUGUCCCUGGUGCCACCAGCGUAUCUCCCCAGGCCCAUGGCGAGCCCCAGCCUGGGGCUGCUCCUGGCGCUCGGCCUGCCGCUGCUGCCGGCCCGCUGGGGCCGGGUCUGGGGGCAAACAUUGGACCCCACUCCAUACGAGAAUAGCACCACUACCACCCCAUACCCCAGCUUCAAUGGGGCCCUGUCUAAGGAGGCCACCACUGCCAUCAUCGUGGUCUUCUCCCUCUUGGCUGCCCUGCUUCUGGCCGUGGGGCUGGUGCUGCUGGUGCGGAAACUGCGGGAGAAGCGGCAGACGGAAGGCACCUACCGGCCCAGCAGUGAGGAGCAGUUCUCCCACGCAACCGAGGCCCAGGCUCCCCAGGACUCCAAGGAGAAAGUGCAGGGGUGCCUGCCCAUCUAGGUCCCCUUCCUCUCUUCAUCUCCCUCCCUUGCUGUGUGACCUUGGGGGAAGGCUGAUCCCUCUCUGAGCCUUCAAAACCUGGGCUUAAGAAUAGAAGGGGGAAAUGGUGCUUCAAAACUCUGCCCCUGAGGGCAAGGGAGGGUGGGGAUGCUGACAUUUUAUAUAUAUAUAUAUGUGUAAAAUUGAUAGUGAGAUAUAAUAAAACCUUUUUUUGAACUGGUGGAGGCAGAAAUUAGCCUAGAGGAGGAGGUAAAUGCAGGGCUCAUAGGCCGUGGAGGAUGAAUUGCAAGGUUUUGAGGAUCUUAGGGGCUGGGAGGGUUUCCUGGAAAAGAGGCUUUUCACUACCCUUCGGAGCCAGCAGGAGGCUGCCCCAGUGGGGAAGGUGGUGGAUGGGUUGGGUUUAGGAGCAGAGAGAGGGCCCACAGGUAAACUCACCAGGAAAAACCAGCUUUGGGCUCUUGAGACUUUAUUGAGAGGAUGGCAUCUCCUCC